CGAGUUUUGGGUGGAAUUUUUGGGUGGAAAAUUUCGAUUUUUGGGUGGAAUAUUUGGGUGGAAAAUUUCGAGUUUUGGGUGGAAUAUUUGGGUGGAAAAUUCCGAAUUUUGGGGUGGAAUUUUGGGGUUCCCCCCUCCCCCCUCCCCCCCCCCCUUUAAAAUCCCGGGAAUUUUUUUUGGGGUGGGGGGAGGGGCGCCCCGCCCCUGCCCCGCGGCCUGGGCGAACCCGUCGGACGGCGUCGCGGCCCCGCCCCUCCCCCACCCCCGCCCGGCCCCAUUUAAGGGGGUGCGGGGGGUGGGGGAGGGGCGGCGGCGCCAUGGGGACCCCGCGGGCGCUGCUGCCCCUCCCCCUCCUGCUGCUGGCCGCCCUCGCCUGUGACGUCACGCCCGGGGACCCCCCCCCAGAUGGGUCCCGGGAGCUCUCGGAGACGGAGCGGGAGUGUGGCCUGCCCCGCCCCCCCCCGCUGGCCCGCGCCGUGGGGGGCUCGGAGGCGGGGGAGGGGCGCUGGCCCUGGCAGGGCUCCCUGCGCCGGGGGGGCUCCCACGUCUGCGGGGUGUCCCUGGUGUCCCCCGAGUGGGUGGUGACGGCGGCGCACUGCCUGCAGGGGAGCAGCGACCCCCGCCUGUUCUCGGUGCUCCUGGGCACUCCGGACCUGCCCGAGGCCAGCCGGGACGGCGGCGGCGCCGGGGGAGGGGCGGUGGCGAGCGGCGUGUCGGUGCCGCUGGCCCAGCUCGUGCCGCACCCGGCCUACGCGGGCGAGGCCACCAGCGGCGACAUCGCGCUGGCCCGGCUGGCGCGGCCCGUGCGCUUCGGCCGCGGGCUCGGGCCCGUGUGCCUCCCCUCGCCCGGGCUGCGCUUCCCGGCCGGCACCGCCUGCGUCAGCACCGGCUGGGGGGACACCGGCACCGGCGCCCCACGCCGCCUGCGGCAGCUCCAGGUGCCCCUCCUGCCCCUCGGGCUCUGCCGCCGCCUCUACGGCACCGACCUGGGCCCGGCGCUGCCCCCGCGGCACAUCCAGGACGACAUGGUGUGCGCCGGACACCUGCGCGGGGGCGGGGACACCUGCAAGGGCGACUCCGGGGGUCCCCUGGUGUGCCCCUCCCCCUCCGGCCGCUGGGUGCUGACCGGCAUCGUCUCGUGGGGGGAGGGGUGCGGGGUCCCGCGGCGCCCGGGGGUCUACACCCGCGUCAGCGCCUUCUCUGAUUGGAUAGCCGCCCGCGCCGGGGGCGUGGCCUUCGUCUGGCCCCGCCCACUCGCCGCCGGCGCCGCCCCCGGGCGGCCGGGAGGCGCCGGGGGCGUGGUUUCGGCCUGGCCCCGCCCCCUCGGUGGCGGCGGCGGUGGUGGCGCCGCCCCCUGGGGGGCGGGGCGGGUGGGGGUGGGCGUGGCCUUGGCGGUGACGGCGGUGGGGGCGGGGUGGGUGUGA